AUGAGUAAGGCCACCCCAGCUCGCCGCCUCUCCCCGUGGGCAACGCCAGACAAGUGGAGCGACCAGUCUCUCUCCGGCAGAUGGGAUCCGGAACCCAACCUAUGUGUAGAGGUUAGCCGGACUAUAUCCAGCCGGUACCUCUCAACCUCCCCCACAAGCUCAGGCUCCUUCCCCCUACAGCCAGAAGCUGUCGAGGAACCCCGCCUCGACCACCACCCAGUCCUCUCAGCACCUGACCCCUACGGAUCCCUCUGCGGCUGGUGGGUCCACAGGACGGCGGGCCCACAUCGUCAAUGCGGGCUGAGCCCUGUGGGCAAAGGCCCGGCCACCAGGCACUCACAUGCAAGCCCCAACCCCAGGCCUGGCUCCAGGUCAAACGCUGCUCAUUUUUGGAGCGUCAGAAUGCUCCUCAAUACCACCGUCUGUUUGUCGGUGGAUUUCGACCGCACAGAAGAUUUCCUCGUGUUCAUCUUCCACAUCUUGUUCGCCACCAGUGCUGUGCUGGUGGCCGGCUCAGUAGUCGUCGGGAUCUCAACCAGCCGAUCCUUGCGAGGCCAGAACCGGUUCAUCUUCAUGCUGAACACCAGCAUCAGUGACACCCUGACCGGCUUCUCGGUCUACUACCUCGGCCUCUUCGACGUGAAAGAGGGAUACCCCUCCAGGAACGGGACCUUCUACAUUUUACCAUCAUUCCUCGGUGUAAAUGUCCUUACCUUCCUUUUCGCCCAGUUUGACCGCUACCUUGCAGUGUGUCACCCCUUCUUCUAUAACCGCUACAUAACAAGGCCUGCUGUCAUUUAUAUGUGUAGCUUCUGCUGGAUUUAUACUUAUCUGAUUCUGACUGUGCAGAACUUAGUGCCCAUCUCUAGGGCGGCUCAGAUACACGCGUUCGGUGUGAUGACCCUGCAGGUCAUAGUUCUCAUUAAGGUGGUCAUGACGUUUAAAUUAUAUAUCAUAGCCAGGGGCCAACUGGUGAGAGAGGCACCCAGCGCAGACAGGGAUAGCAAGAAGGAGUCUCUGCGCAUCAUUGUGUUUGUGGUCAUAUGCUUCCUGGCUCUUUGGGGUCCUUCUUUUGUGAACAUUAUUGUCAGGCAGCUGACUGGAAAAGGGCUCAGUUUCAGAAAUGAAGCCACUAAUCUUUUUGCCACCAUGGCCCGGAUGAAUGCGCUGGUCACUCCAGCUGUGUACAUCUGGGGUAGCCCUGCGCUACGGGCGGCCGUGUGGAGAACAGUGUGGCGGAGGGCAUGCCCAAGGAGAAGGGGGAGAGUGGCCUUUAAUGUGACUGGAGUGACCUUUAAGGAGACACCUUCACCAUCUAAGCUACCAUAAAGAAGAUAGACGUGGUAUAAAGCCAGGUUUCACAAGGAAAAGGCUCAAUAUCUUGUUUAUUUACUGUAUUUGAAGGACUGUGGAAUUUUAAUACCAUGUACGAAAAUGAAAAAUAGA